AUCUGUCAAGGCACGUGCUUUUGAAAUGCACUCGUUGAAUAACUCCGAAAUGAAAGUUUUGAAUAGUUGUCAUUAACAAACGAGUCAGACGUUGGUAUUUUUGCGAAAUAAUAGCAGAGUUGCUCUUGAUAUUUCAAUCGCAUUUGAACUGACUUUUUGCAUAUAUUUAUUCGAAUUGAGAAUUUUAAUUUAAGUUAAUUUUUUUAUCAACCCUAUACCACAUCUGUAAUAAAAGUCAUUCCGAAUUGGAAUUGUAAAUACUUGAGCACGCUUAUUUCCUUCAUCGUAUAAUUUGAAACUUAUUUUUUAAUAAAAACCUACUACAAGCAUGGCUACCCAGGAGCAGCUUAAUGCCAUUGGUGCUGUCUUAAAUAAUAAGAAACGCCCUUUAAAGGAACGUUUUCGAGCUUUAUUUACUCUGAAAAAUCUUGGUGGAGCUAAAGCGAUUGAAGAAAUUAGUCGUGGGUUUUCUGAUGACUCAGCUUUGUUAAAACAUGAAUUAGCCUAUUGUCUGGGACAGAUGCAGGAUAAAAAAGCCAUAGACAUACUAACAAAAGUUCUCGCCGAUACGACGCAGGAACCUAUGGUUAGGCAUGAAGCCGGUGAAGCGCUUGGCGCUAUUGGCGCCCCAGAGGUCAUCCCAAUUUUAGAGCAAUACAAAGAAGACCCAGUAGUGGAAGUGGCGGAGACAUGUUCCAUUGCAUUAGAUCGUGUCCGUUGGCUACAGAGUGGUCAAACAGUAGAUGACAACAAUCCCUACGCAUCAGUAGAUCCAUCGCCUCCAAUUAGCGGGAAUAAAAACGUUGAAGAUUUAAAAUCUAUCUACUUAGAUCCAAAUCAAAGCUUAUUUGACCGAUACCGUGCUAUGUUCAGUUUACGAAAUUUGGGUGCCACGGAGAGUGUUCUGGCUAUCGCAGAAGGUUUAAAGGAUAGCUCAGCACUAUUUCGUCAUGAGGUAGCUUUUGUAUUGGGCCAAAUACAAGAACCAUGCAGUAUUUCUUAUUUGAAAGACAACUUGGAAGAUCAAAAUGAAAAUGAAAUGGUGCGCCAUGAAUGCGCAGAGGCACUUGGAGCGAUUGCUACGGAGGAAUGUGUCAACAUAUUAAGCCGUUAUGCGCUGGAUGAAAAAAGAGUUGUAAAGGAGAGCUGUGAAAUAGCUUUGGAUAUGUGCGAGUACGAAAAUAGCCCUGAAUUUCAAUAUGCCGAUAGUUUGGGUAAAUUAAGCACAUAAUAUAUAUAUAGGUCCGUGAUAAUGAAUAAAUAUAUAUUCCUUGUAAUUUUAUUUUAUAUUUUUAAAACAGUAAUAAUAAUAUAAUUUGUAUAUACAAGAAAACUAAAGAACUGCAAAAAUAAUAGGCGAGAUGAUUAUUUCAAUAAAAUUUUGCCAUCAUUAUUAUUUUUUUAUUGCCUAAUGACAUUAAAAA